CAAACUCAUCCAUAUCUGCUAUACUUUCAUCUCUUAGCCUCUUCCUCACUACUGAGAGGUAUCAAUAUACAAAGAUAUAUAUGGAGAAGAAGAGCGUGAUGAUGAUGACGAUGCCUUCUCUUUUGCUAUGGAGUUUGGUGCUCUCCCAGAGCUUGUUGACCCCUGUCAUGUCCUCCACCAGCUUUGAAGAUCAGAAGAACUAUUAUUACCCUCCUGAUCCACACACAGGAACUCCUCCUAUUGGAGGGUCGCCCCCGUAUACUCCAACUCCUCACACUCCAACUCCGUACACUCCAACUCCUCAUACUCCAACUCCGUAUACUCCAACUCCUCAUACUCCAACUCCGUACACUCCAACUCCUCAUACUCCAACUCCUCAUACUCCAACUCCGUACACUCCAACUCCUCAUACUCCAACUCCUCAUACUCCUACUCCUCACCAUUCGACACCACCUCAUGGUGAUCCCCCACACGGCGGCUGCGGCGGAUGCCAUGGUCACACGCCUUCAACACCAGUACCAACACCACACACACCUCCAAACUGCCCUACUCCCACCACUCCCACUGAUCCCACUCCUACCCCAACAGUUCCUUACACUCCCACCCCAACCACUCCUUACACUCCUACUCCAACAACUCCUUACACUCCCACCCCAACUACUCCUUACACUCCAACUCCUGUUGUUCCCACUCCUAGUACCCCUCCAUACAUUCCUGACCCAAACACCCCUCCCUUCACCUGCAACUACUGGAGGAACCACCCUCAGAUGAUUUGGGGUGUGCUGGGAUGGUGGGGAACACUCGGCAACGCCUUCGGAGUUCCAACUGUGCCAGGAGUUGGAGCCAACGUUAACUUGAAGGACGCCCUAUCAAACACUCGCACUGACGGUUUCGGAGAGCUGUGCAGACAAGGAACGGCGGCGUUCCUCAACUCCAUGGUCGACCACAGCUUCACCUACUCUGCCAAGCAAGUGAGAGAGAGCUUCGUUAAUGCCCUUGGCUCCGACAAGGCCGCCGCCGCCCAGGCUCGUCUCUUCAAGAUCGCCAACGAGAAGAAACACUAAAUUAUUAUUACAUAGAUUUGAUGAUCCAAGAUCACUAGCUACUAUAGCUAAGCACGCAGCAACAGAGUGUUUGUUAAUUUGCUUUAUUUUAAUUAAGUUAAUUACUACGAUUUUUCUUUAUGUGUUUUUAUUAAGUCUUACUAUUCCUAUCAAUGUUCUUGAGUUAUAUUAGUUCCAGAAGAACUUGUUAUAGUAUCAUCCUUAUCAAGGAUAUUAAUACUGUGUUAAUUUUUCAUUUGGAUAUUAUUAAUGGUUAGUGAGUUUAUUUUUCAA